CCCCUCCCUCGCCCCUCCCUCUCGAGUUUUGGCGGGAAGGCGCGAAGAUGGCGAUGAGCGAGGCGAGCGGAGCGGCUGCGGUGGCGGCUGCGGCGCGCACUGUGGCGGCGGCCUUCAAGAUGCACGGCCUCAUGCUCCGCAGUGAGGCACGGAAGUUCCUGAGCAAUGCCCUGGCAGGAAUGGGCUCAGUGGAGUUGGAGAACAUGCUGGAGCAGGUGGUGGACGCGGUGCAGAGACAACCACUGGCGUCCAGCAUGGUGGAGCUCGCAGUGGUGGAGGCAGCUGUGCAGGAAUGCAGAUCGUCGAGCCCAGAAGAAUCAGAGAAUGUUUUUAACAUCAUCGGUGCAUUCGAUAUCCCGAGGUUCAUCUACAACCACGAGAGGAAAAAGUUGAUACCGCUGGCGAUGACGAACCACCCUCCGCCAUGCCUCAUAGCCUCCCCUCGAGACAAAGCUGCAGUUUUCCGGGAGCGAUACGCCAUCCUGCAGCAGCGGACCCACCGGCAUGACCUCUUCACCCCUCCUGUGGUCGGAUCAGUCACAGAGGAAGGACGCAACAAGUUUCAGCUGAAAACAGUGGAGUUUCUUCAGGGCAGCACUGCCCAGUUGGGAGAGGUCAUUGUGCUGGGAAUGCUGACCCAGCUCAAAGAGGGGAAGUAUUACCUGGAAGACCCCACUGGGACUGUGCAGCUUGAUCUCAAGAAUGCCCAGUUCCACAGUGGGCUCUACACGGAGUCCUGCUUUGUGUUGGCUGAGGGUUGGUACGAGGAUGAGGUGUUUCACGUCAACGCGGUUGGCUUCCCUCCCACGGAAGCGGCAAAGAUAUCCAGGACGUACUUUGGAGAUGUGAACCUGUUUGGGGGGCCGUCGCUCACGAGUGUGAAGGCCUCGGCAGUGCUGGCCAACAUCGAGGAGCGCAAUACUGACGCCAUGUUUGUGUUCGUCUCGGACGUGUGGCUCGACCGCACGGACGUCCUUGAUCGGCUGAGGCUCAUGUUUACUGGAUACUCGGGUGCUCCACCCACUUGCUUCAUAUUCUGUGGAAACUUCAGCUCAGCUCCUUAUGGCCGCAACCAUACGUCCGUGCUUAUAGAUUCGCUGAAAUGUUUAGCCGACAUCAUUUGUGAGUUUCCCUCCAUUCUUGAAAGCAGCCGAUUCGUGUUUGUUCCAGGACCAGAGGAUCCAGGGCCCGGAGCUAUUCUGCCCAGGUCUCCGCUUGCCAAUCACAUUACGGCAGAGUUCAGAAGACGUGUGCCCUCCGCCAUCUUUGCCACAAACCCUUGCAGGCUGCAGUACUGCACACAGGAGGUGGUGAUAUUCCGAGAGGAUCUGGUAAACAAGAUGUGCCGGAACUGCGUGCGCUUUCCAAAUCCUGGCACGGAUAUCCCCACCCACUUUGUGAAGACACUGGUGAGCCAGGGCCACCUGUCAUCAUUGCCACUGUUUGUCAGCCCUGUGUUCUGGGGCUACGACUAUACCCUGUCCCUCUACCCGCUUCCUGACCUGCUCGUGUGUGCCGACAAGUACGACCCCUUCAGCAUCACCAACACCGAGUGCAUGUGCAUCAACCCGGGCUCCUUCCCUCGGAGUGAAUUCAGCUUUAAAGUUUACUACCCAUCCAGCCGGACUGUGGAGGACAGUAAACUACAAGAUAUGUAGAUGAAGCAACAAGGGAGAAGGGAGCAUCAUGAUGUGGAAACAGAAUCGCAACUCCGAAUUGCACUGCUGUCGUGUGGACCUGAGCCGUCCCUUGUCCUCAAAAAGCAGUCACUCGUUC